UUACCGCAGGGCUGCAUAGGUGAGGGAGUGGCCACCUGCCACCUCCUGCUCGACUCACAGCCACAGACAAACUGUCAGGCCGGACUCUCCGUGAGGAAUAACACUUUCUGUCAAAUCUUUAUUCCUACAGGAAUUAAACCAGAAUCAGGAUGAUGUGGAUAUAAUGGUGCCGACCCAGCCGUAAGAAUGUAUGAGGUGAUGUCCGGUGACACCCUGUCCUGGAAGGUGCCCAGUCCAAGACAGAGCAGCACAGACUCCGGCCCGGAAUCGCAAUUCAUCGGGGACGGAGGGCCCAUCAAGAUCCUCAAAGUGUGCUUCUGCACCAACAACAACUUGGGAAAGAACUUCAAGCUGGUUAAAUGUGACGGCUCCUGGCAAAUUAGGGCCAUCAUUCGUUCGAUUCUGAUCUGCGGUCGAUUGGGGCCGAACAUCGAACACACAGGAUGCUACGGGCUCCUGCUGAAGCACCUGAAGUCAGAAGAACUUCACUGGCUGCAUCCAGAUCUGACUGUCGGGGAGGUGGAGCAGCGCUACGAGAGCCAUCACGUAGAAGCUGAGUGGAGGUAUGACCUUCGAAUCAGAUACGUUCCCGUUAAUUUCUUGGAAAAGUUCAAAGAUGACAGAUCUACGUUAGUGUAUUUUUACCAACAGGUGCGUAGUGAUUACAUGCAGUAUCAUGCCUCUAAGGUCAGUGACGGGAUGGCGCUGCAGCUCGGUUGUUUGGAGAUCAGGAGGUUCUACAAAGACAUGAAUGCAAAAGGGCUCGAGAAGAAGUCCAACUUUGAGCUUCUAGAAAAAGAAGUGGGCCUGGACCUCUUCUUUCCUCAACAGCUGAUUAACAGCAUGAAGUCAAGGCAGCUACGGAAGUUGAUCCAGCAAACAUUUCAACAGUACUCAACACUCAAGGAGGACGACUGCAUGAUCAAGUUUUUUGAAACCCUCAAAGACUUCGUCAGUUACGAUGAAGAGGUUUUCCCAUGUGAACUUGUGCAAGGUUGGAGUCUAGCAGUGGAGCUGGUCAUCGGUGGGAGGGGGAUUCGCCAACGCACACAGAAGAAUUCAGCGCCUGUUUUUUUAGCCGACUUCAAACAGAUCAAGAAAAUACAAUGCUUAUCUCAGAGCGACGGCAAGGCUCUCUUAGACCUCAACAUCGAGGGGGCAAGACAACGUCUGUCCAUCAAUGUGGCCACGGUCCCUAUGGCAGAGAACAUGAUGGACCUUAUUGACGGGUACAGCCGCUUGGAAAACGACACAGAUGAUUCUGUUAUCUACCGACCAAAUAAAGAUGCCAAUGCACGGAGCGCCCUACCUGAGAUUCCUACCGACAGAGACACCAGCUCCGUCAGACACAGCAUGGGGUCAGAUAUCUAUUGUGAGAUUCUCGAUGAAAGGCCGACAUCAGUUAUUAAGUACGGGAUCGACCGAAGUGACAUUGUUCUCGGCCGAAUCCUCGGUGAGGGUUUUUUCGGGGAAGUCUACGAUGGAGUUUACAAAAAACUGUCUGGCGAGAGGGUCAAUGUGGCAGUGAAGACCUGCAAAGACUGUUCACCUGAUGUGAUGGAGAAGUUCAUGAGUGAAGCAGUAAUUAUGAAGAACCUCGAUAAUCAGCACAUUGUCAAACUGAUUGGAAUCAUAGAGGACGACCCUGUGUGGAUCGUCAUGGAGCUUUAUGAGCACGGAGAGCUCGGGAACUACCUAACUGAGAACCAGAAUGAGCUGACAAACAUGACUCUGGUGCUGUUCAGCCUGCAGAUCUGCAAAGCUCUGGUCUACCUCGCAGGGGUCAACAUGGUACACAGAGACAUUGCUGUGCGGAACGUGUUAGUCGCCAGUCCAGACUGCGUGAAGCUUGGAGACUUCGGUCUGUCGAGAUACAUUGAGGAUGAAGAAUACUACAAAGCGUCUGUUACUCGGUUGCCAAUCAAGUGGAUGGCCCCAGAAUCCAUCAACUUCAGACGUUUCACCACAGCCAGUGAUGUCUGGAUGUUUGCUGUUUGCAUGUGGGAGAUAAUGAGUCUUGGACAGCAGCCGUUUUUCUGGCUCGAGAACCGAGACGUGAUCAACCAACUGGAGCAGGGAAUCAGGCUGCCCAAGCCAGACAACUGCCCCCCCGCCCUCUACUCACUCAUGACCCGCUGCUGGUCCUACGACCCCAGAGAGAGACCCAACUUCACUGAACUGGUGGUCAAGAUCAGCGACGUCCACAACAUGGUGAAGGAGCAGGAAGUGGAGAGAGAGAGGGACAGAGCGCGCUCCACAAAAUUAUUCGACAACAAGUUCAAAUUCAACGAGCCUCCUCCAAAGCCUUCAAGAAUGAAACCAGGGCGGUUCGGGAACACGCUCAGUAUCGGUUUGCACAUUCAGCUGAAGGAGGCUAUGUGUGCCAGCUCGCCUGACCUGGCCAGCCCAUGUGAUUACCAGUCCCCCGUCGACUCCAUGAGCUCUCUUGCGUUGCCAGCCAGAUCCCCUCGCCGUCGCAGCAUGGCGGAGGGCGAGUUUUUUAGGGUGGAACCAAACAGCAGAGAGGACCCCGCGCGCCUCUGGCAGAGGGAGAGACAGGAAAGGCAGUACACUCUCCGCCAGCAGAAAGAGCAGAUGAUGGAGGAUGAAAAGUGGCUGGAAAAGGAGGAGAGACUCCUGGACCCCAUGGGACCAGAGGACACUGCCGGCCCAGCGUCUCCUGAAGCUGACACUGGGAACGCACCUCCAGAGAAGCCCCUACGGCUCUCUACACAGCCUGCGCCCACAGCUGAGCUGGACCGCUCUGACGACAAAGUGUACCUCUACGUCAUGGACCUGGUCAAAGUUGUUGUCCAACUCAAGAAUGACAUCACAGAGUCGCCACCGGAAAAAUAUAUCCCCAUCGUCAAGUCUGUCGGGAUGGCUUUACGAGAUCUGAUUCGCAGUGUGGAUGAGAUACUGCCCACCUUACACGAGUCUAUCAGGACUGAGAUCGAGGGCACCCAGAAACUGCUGAACAACGACAUGGCGGAGCUGAUCAGCAAAAUGCGUCUGGCCCAGCAGAAUUCCAUCACCUCUCUGAAGGACGAGUGUAAGAAACAGAUGCUGGCUGCAGCACACACGCUGGCUAUGGACAGCAAGAACAUGUUGGAUGCUGUUGACCAGGCCAGAGUCAGGGCCAACUUAGCCAAGCCAGUGGCCCCCUAGUGGACUGUAAGCGCUCGUUCAGUUUACACAUCAAGCUAAGGACUCGCGUCUGUCAGUCACAAAUAACAUUUGCACACAGUUGAGCAUUUUUCUUCAUCACACCAGUGUGUGUUAUUACGUUUAAAUAUAGUGCUACAACUAAAAGUGGCGGUGUGCUCACCCAGGAUGUAUAACUGAACUUGAUGGUCUAUUAGAAAUAUAUUUAGGAUGCAGUCACUUCAGACAAACACAUUUUAAUGUAAACUGUUCUCAUUUGUGAGGUUUUGACUUAAUUGUCUGCUCAGAAAUGGAAUUAUCCUUGUAAAUAUAUAAUGUGUCUUUUGACAAGUACUAUUGGUUUUUACAGCAGAGAAAAAAUACAAAUGUAAUACAUGUAAGUAAAUGUUUAUUCUUUCAAGUCUGUCAAAAGUAACAUGAGUGAAAUGUAAAGAUGACAAAACCAAACAGUUAGUCAACUGUUCAAAAGUGUUUUUAUACAUACAGUUCAUAUCUCAAGUGUGAUUAUGAUGAAUAAUGUUAAGAUUAUGAGAUGAAGACUACAAUGGCAUGGAUGUCAGGUACUCUUGAAAUAAAAACAGCUUCUGUAUUAUGUCCAUUAUCAUUAUUAUAAAAUAGGAAAUUCUAGCAAGUAAAUCAAG